ACCCUAGUACAAAAUAGUAGACGCACACAUCUUACCACAAACCAAUAUUAGAGUCUAGUAAUUUAUAGUUUAUAUCGAAUAAAUUUCAAGUAACAUUUGAAGAAUGGACAAGGAGCCUGCAAAACACUGGAUAGUAAAGUCCAACCGAAUGGAUAGACGUCCGCAAUUGCCGCCAGUGUAUACCACUGAACCGCUGACGGUGCGAACCGUGCUCCAGCUAUAUUUCAACACCUUUCUGGGCGCCAACUUUGCCGAGUCCUGGGUGUAUCCGUUGGACGUGGCCAAGACCCGCAUGCAGGUGGAGGGCGAGGAGGCGAAGAAGACGGGCGCCAAGAUACCCAAUGCCUUGGCCACACUCCGAAGUAUUGUCAAAAACGAGGGACCCAAGACGCUCUAUGCUGGAUUUUCGGCCAUGGUGGCCCGGAAUUUGAUCUUCAACUCGAUGCGGGUGGUGCUCUACGAUAUCUUUCGGCGCAAGUUCAUACGCUUGGACGAAAACAAUAAGGAAACUCUGGCCGUAUCCUCGGCGCUGUCGUGCGGCUUUGUCGCCGGCUGCAUUGCCCAGGCGAUGGCCAAUCCCUUUGACAUUGUCAAGGUGCGCAUGCAGACGGAGGGUCGCCGCCGAAUCCAGGGCCACAAGCCUCGUGUCACCAAUAUGUUCAACGCCUUCACGGGCAUCUAUCGCGAGGGUGGCCUGCCCCACAUGUGGAAGGGCAUAACGCCCAGUUGCCUGCGCGCCUGCCUCAUGACCGCCGGCGAUGUUGGCACCUACGAUCUGAGCAAGCGCUUCUUCAAGGACCUGCUCCAGCUGGACGAUGGGCUGCGCUUGCGUUUCCUCUCCUCCAUGUGCGCUGGCUUCACAGCCAGUGUGCUCAGCAAUCCCGCCGAUGUGAUUAAGUCUCGGGUGAUGAAUCAACAAACGGAUGCCGCCGGCAAGAAUCUCACCUACAAGAACUCCAUGGAUUGUCUGAUCAAAACUGUCAGUGAGGAGGGUCCCCUGGCGUUGUACAAGGGCCUGUUGCCGUGCUGGUUCCGUUUGGGUCCGUUCUCGGUGCUCUUCUGGAUGUCCGUGGAGUUUUUGAGAGAUGUGGAGGGACAAGCGGGUUUCUAAACAAGGUACAUGCAAAUUAUAAAAGAAAUUGUGAUCCUAAGAAGGUGUAAAAGAGGUUGAAUGGAUGGAUCAUAAGGGAUCAUCUGUAGUGGAUUAAGUUUCCCACUG